AACUUAACCAAAACCAGCAAUGGCUACAAUUCAAAAGCCAUGCAUUAUUGUUUCCUUCACUCUCUUUCUCUUACUACAUCCAUUUGAAGCCAAACCAUCGUGGACAACACAAGCGCAAUCUCUGGUCAAAUGGAAGACCACCCUUUCAUCUCCACCUUCUCUAAAUUCUUGGUCUCUAAACAAUCUCAAAAACCUCUGCAACUGGACUGGAAUCCUCUGCACCAGUAACGGUUCUGUCUCCAGUAUAAACCUCGCCAAUUCAAACGUCAACGGAACCCUCGAAAACUUUGACUUCACCUCCUUCCCAAAUCUCGCUGUUUUCAACCUCAGCAACAACAGUCUCUUUGGGUCAAUUCCACCCAAUAUUGGUAACCUCUCUAGUCUCCAACUCCUGGACUUGAGCAACAACUUUUUUGUCGAAGUGAUUCCAUUGGAGAUCGGCUUGUUGUCGGAGCUAGAGUACAUUAGUCUCUUCAACAACGAUCUAAAUGGGAGAGUCCCAUAUCAAGUUACCAAUCUCCAAAAGGUAUGGCACUUGGACUUUGGAGCGAACUAUUUAGAAACACCAGAUUGGUCCAAAUUUACAGGUAUGGAAUCUUUGUCAUACCUUAGCUUUUAUUUCAAUGACUUCACUUCGGGAUUCCCAGAGUUCAUUCCAAAAUGUUUGAACUUGAAGUACCUUGACUUGUCGUCGAACCUAUUCACAGCCCAAAUCCCUGAACCAAUUUUCACCCAUUUGAAAAAUCUUGAAUCUCUCAAUCUUUAUUCUAAUUCAUUUUCAGGACCAUUGUCAUUGAACUUUUCCCAUCUUUCUAUGCUUAAAUCUCUUCGCUUGGGAAAUAACCAAUUCAGUGGUCAAAUUACUGAGGUCAUUGGUUCACUUUCCGGUCUUCAAAUCAUUGAACUUAAUAACAACUCAUUUGAAGGCCCAAUUCCUUCUUCCAUAGGCCAACUUGGGAAUCUUCAACGUCUUGAUCUUAGCAUGAAUGGCUUGAAUUCCUCAAUCCCUUCUGAGCUUGGUUCUUGUUCUAACCUCACCUACUUAGCUCUGGCCUUGAAUUCGCUUACCGGAGAUUUACCUUUGGCCUUGUCAAACCUGAAGAGGAUAUCUGAAUUGGGUUUAUCCGAUAACUUUUUCUCCGGUGAGAUUUCGCCUUAUUUCUUCACCAACUGGACCCUACUGAUAUCUUUGCAGCUUCAAAACAAUUCCUUCACUGGUAACAUUUCAUCUAAAAUCGGGCAAUUGACACAGCUCAAUUACCUUUUCCUUUACGACAACCAGUUCUCUGGCUCUAUCCCACUGGAGAUUGGAGACUUGAGAGGUUUGAUCAAAUUAGACCUUUCAGGAAAUCAACUCUUGGGUCCAAUUCCUCAUAGUAUUGGGAAUCUCAAAAAUCUCACUGUGUUGCAGCUCAUUUCCAACAAUCUCAGUGGACCAAUUCCUCCAGAGAUUGGAAAUCUAAUUUCAUUAGAAAUUCUUGAUCUUAACACCAACCAAUUGACUGGGCAAUUUCCUAACAACCUCUCUAGACUAAAUAAUCUUCAGAGACUCUCCUUGUUUGCUAACAAACUAUCCGGGACUAUCCCCAAGGACUUGGGGAAGAAUUGUCGUUCUUUGCUCAAUGUUAGCAUUUCUGAGAACAACUUUUCGGGUGAGCUACCACCUGGGUUAUGCAACCGUCUUGCUCUCCAGGAAUUGACAGCACACAAAAACGGUUUCAGUGGGCCGUUGCCCGAGUGCUUGAAGAAGUGCUCUGGACUAACUAGAGUCCGUCUUGAAGGGAACCAGUUUUCUGGAAACAUUUCCGAGGCAUUUGGAGUCUACCCGAAUCUUUACUUCAUCACUCUGAUGGGUAAUCUAUUUUCGGGUGAGCUCUCCCCACAAUGGGGAGAAUGUACCAAACUCACAAACGUGCAGUUUGAUGGGAAUAGAAUUUCUGGUGAAAUACCGGUUCAGUUAGGAAAAUUGACCAGAUUAGGCAUCCUAAGCCUGAGCUCGAACGAAUUGACUGGUGAAAUUCCCACUGAGUUGGGGAAUUUAGGCCAUCUGUUGAACCUCAAUCUGAGCAACAACCGUUUAACGGGAGAGAUUCCUCCGAGUUUGGGUCACUUAACAGACCUUCAGCAUCUUGAUUUGUCGAAAAACAAGUUGAAUGGGACUGUUCCAAAUGAGCUUGGAAGCUGUGAGAGAUUAUUGAGCUUGAACUUGGGAAAUAACUCUUUAUCAGGAAGUAUCCCAGCAGAGCUAGGCAAAUUGUCUUCAUUGCAGAUACUUUUGAACCUAAGUAGCAAUUCAAUAUCAGGAACUAUUCCGGCUAGCUUGGGAGCUCUUACCUCACUGGAGAAUCUCAAUUUAUCAAACAACAAUCUCUCAGGGACCAUUCCUUCGGCCUUAACCGGCAUGAUUAGUUUACAGUCCAUUGAUUUCUCCUACAAUGAGUUGUCCGGCCCUAUUCCCUUGGGUAGCAAUUUCCAAAACGCAAAGGGAGCAUACCUUGGAAAUUCAGGAUUGUGUGGAAAUGCAGAAGGAUUAUCCCCUUGUAAUGCAACAUCAACAAGUGGGAGGAAGUCAAAGAGGUUCGACAAAAAGGUUCUGAUUGGCGUCAUUGUCCCGGUUAUCGGCAUCUUAGUUUUGGUUUCUGUCAUUGUUGGAUGCCUCAUCUUUCUUAGGGGAUCGAAGCAACAUGAUGAACAGACCGAAAGUACCAAAAUGGACCAAAGUUUCGACUCACUCAUUUGGGAAAGAGACGGGAAAUUCACUUUCGGAGAUAUUGCAAAAGCCACGGAGGACUUCAACGAGACGUAUUGCAUUGGGAAAGGAGGGUUCGGAACCGUUUACAAAGCGGUGUUGCCAAUGGGUCAACCAGUGGCAGUAAAAAGGCUCAAUGUGACAGACUCAAAUGACAUUCCAUUGGUGAAUCGUCAGAGUUUUGAGAAUGAGAUUCGAACUCUAACAGAAGUUAGGCACCGGAAUAUCAUCAAGCUUUACGGGUUCUGUUCCAUGAAAGGGCACUUGUACUUGGUUUAUGAAUACAUAGAGAGAGGCAGCUUGGGAAAACUAUUGUACAGUGAUGAUGGGGCAGUAGAUCUAGGGUGGGGUACAAGGGUGAGCAUUGUUCAAGGAGUGGCUCAUGCUCUUGCUUACUUGCACCAUGAUUGCUCUCCUCCUAUAGUCCACCGCGACGUAUCGAUGGAUAACAUUCUGCUCGUGUCAGAGCUCGAGCCACGACUAUCAGAUUUUGGAACUGCGAGAUUGUUGAGCCCUGAUUCGUCUAACUGGACCUCGGUUGCUGGUUCUUAUGGGUACAUGGCUCCAGAGCUGGCACUUUCUAUGCGAGCCACAGAGAAAUGCGAUGUUUACAGCUUCGGGGUGGUUGCUCUGGAAGUACUGAUGGGAAGACAUCCAGCAGAACUCCUGACUACUCUAUCAUCAUCAUUGUCAUCUAAUUACGAGGACUUAUUAUUGAAGGACGUGAUAGACCAACGCCUCCCCCCUCCGUCAGGGGAAAUGGCUGAGGGAGUGGUGUUUGUAGUUUCGGUGGCCUUAGCAUGCACGCAAGCAGCGCCAGAGACACGACCCACUAUGCGAUUCGUCGCACAGGAACUUUCUGCACGAACUCAGGCAUGCUUGUCUGAAGUCUGAACAAUUGGACACUAUAUAAAUGAGCAAGAUAGCAAGCCCUCAGAAGUAGCAGUGACAACUUCAAAAGGAAUUGUACUUGAUGUCAGUUGGAAAAUGAGGGCGUUAGGAAACAUUCAUGGUCUUGUCAAAUUUAUGCUAGGUAAAUCCUCCUUUUAGAUCACUACCAAUCUUCCUUUUAGAUUGGCCUCAAGUUGUUAUGAAACAUCUUUAGCAUAUGUUUUGGGAAGAAACGUCCAGUAUUUGUAAAGUUCAUUAUCACGACCCUGAACCGCGUUGGUAUAAAUAGGAAGAGCGGUGAACCGAAUUGUCAUCA